AAGUAUCUCUGCAAAUAUUCUUUAAAUACCAAACAACUUUGCGCUGUUUCCCUGCUUCAAACAUAGCUAACUAUGCUAACGAUGCUAGCUUCGACACAGGUGCCAAUGUAAAGGUGAGGUGUAAGAUUUAGGGAGAUUUGGUGACGUCUAGCGGUGUGGGUGAGGUUUUUACGGUAAACCGAAUUAUCCACAGAGGUCUCCUCCCCUCCAAAACAAACAAACCCUGUGAUUUAAACUUAAAAAUGCCAAAGAAUGACAUUUCACGCUUAAAAUCCACGUAUUUUAGACGCAGUCUGGCAUGUAGCUGCGAGGAGCUAGUCUCACACAUGCCCAUGUGAGGUCGCCUUUUUUCUCUAAUAAGAUAAGAUCCAGACCUUCAGGAGGUUUUCACCAUAAGCCGAAUUAUCCACAAAGGACUCUUUCUCUCCAGAAUAAAAGGACCAGGAGAAGAAGAAACCACAGCAGCAGAAGAAGAAGACGACAAUAAACCGACCACCAAAGAUGUCAGCAUCAUUAGGAGAGAAAUCUCUGCCUCUGAGUCAUGGUGCAAACAUGAAGGCAAGCCAACAGGAUGACUUUGUCAGAGUGAGGAAGAGAGACCUGGAGAAGUUAACCACAGAGGUCAUGCAGCUGAGGGAGUUCCUGCCCAGAGUGCUGAAGGCGGACCUGAUUGAAAUGCUGCAUAAAGCUCGGGCAGCUCAGACAAUGAAGGAGCAGCUUGUGCAGGAGCAGGAGAAGUUGCAACAGGAGUGUCUGCACCUUCAGUCCCGGCUGGAUGCAGCUCAGACUGAGUGUCAGAAAGAGAGAGAGGAGAAGCUGCUGCUACGCGAGCAGCUGUGGCAGAGCGACGCAGAGCUGCAGCAGCAGGUGGACUUCUGCUCCGGUCUGGGAUCGGCAGCCGGCGGUCUGCUGUGGAGCUGCUCUGCCAGCGAGGACGCGGUCACACGCUGGCUGGCUGAUGGGAAGCUGCAGGCCUUCCUGUCCGUCGCUGCUCAUACUCUGGAGAGCUUCGUCAGGUCUCUGGAUGAGGAGGCCAAAACUCAAACCGAGGACCACACCUCUCAGGAGCACCAGUUCGUGCUGGCGCUGGCCGGAACCAUCACCAACAUAGCAGCAGUAACCUGUGGCCGGGACUUCCUGUCCAGCUCGGCGCACGUCCUCCUGGACACUCUGGUGAAGCUUUUGGAGCUGAUGAAGCCCGGCGUCUUCCCCAAACUGAAAGUGUUGAUGCUGAUGGCUCUGUAUAAUGUCAGCAUCAGUGUUAAAGGACUGAAGUGCCUCAGUGAGAACCCAGGACUCCUGCCUCUCAUCUGGACCCUGCUGAAUGAUGGAGACUGGGAGGUGUCUCUCCACUCUCUGCGUCUCCUGCAGUCAGUGUUGCUGGAGGAGGAGGUGCUCCUCCUGCUGGGCCCUUCUCUGCUGGAUCCAGACCUCCAGGCUCUCGUCAACCGUCUCACCUCCAGCGCUCAGCCCGGCCUGAGACUGGCUGCCCAGCAGACCCUGGAGGACCUGCGGACCCUCCAACAGGGUCGGGAUGUAAACAGCAACCUCUGAUGUGGAUUCACGAUCUUAAGUCCGGACCUCCGUCUGUGUUAACUUCUCCGAUCUGUGUUUGUGCACUUCAUGUCCAAAGUCGGGAGAAAUUUUCAUCAAAGUUAAGCCUUACAUAUUAAAGUAAAAGGAACAGUUUCAAUAUAUAAACUUUAAGUGUUCUUAUAUGACCUGUUCACUGUUGAGCCUUCAGAUUUGCUCAUGUUUGUGUCUUGAUUGGUUUUU